CAAACAGCCAUGGCGCCAUCCCAAUUCCCUCAGGAAUCCUCUUAUACUAGGUCCUCCCUCGUGCGCGUCCUGCAACCUCGGCUCAUUCAAGCUAGCCACGGCGAGCGGGGCGGGGGCGACUAGCUAAGCUUGCCGGCCAUGUCCACGGGCGCUGGCGGUGGCGUGCGCCGGCGCCGGCGGACGUGGCGCCUGUACUGGUGCUACGUGUGCGGCCGCGCGGUGCGCGCCGUGUCGUACCCGACCUCGGACGUCUUCUGCCCGCGCUGCUUCGGCCGCUUCCUCCACGAGAUCGACCUGCCGGCGCCGCGACCCGUGCUCCCGCCGCCCGACCGGUUCUUCCAGCCGCCGUUCCUCCCGCACGACGGCCCCCGCCGGUGGGUCGUAUACACCGGCGACGCCACGGCCGACGCCGACACGCCGCUCCCCCGCCGCCGCCGCCCCCGGCGCGUCCCGUCCCCGCCGCCGUCCCCCGCGACGCGGCGCCCGGACGACGACGACGCCCCCGUCGACGCGCCACCGCCACCGCCUCCCACCGUGGUCGGCUGGGACGAGUUCCUCGUCGGGCCCAACCUGGACGCGCUCAUCGAGCGCCUCACGCAGGACGACCGCCCCGGGCCGGCUCCCGCGCCGGAGUCGGCCAUCGAGUCCCUCCCCACGGUGCGGGUGUCCCCGGCGCACCUGUCGGACGGCCCGCAGUGCCCCGUGUGCAAGGAGGAGUUCGAGCUCGGGGAGGCCGCGCGCGAGCUGCCGUGCAAGCACGCGUACCACGCCGACUGCAUCGUGCCGUGGCUCCGGCUCCACAACUCGUGCCCGGUGUGCCGGCAGGAGCUGCCGGAGCAGGCGGAUGGAUCCCGGGAGGGCGGCGUCGAAGAAGGAAGUGGGGAGGCGGAGGCGCCGGGGCCGGUGGUGGUGGCCGGCUGGGGGCCGCUGGCUUGGCUGCCGUUGCCACGCGCGCCGGACGGGGACGCUUGGGAGAGCAGUGGAGCGGACGACGGUGACGCCGCCGGGCGUGGUGCUUGUGCGGCGGCUGUCCUGCAGUCUUUUGUCGUCGUCGCCGCUUGCUUUGUCGCCCUCUCGUUCUUUGUUUGAGAUCGAGAUGUGUCAGCUCAUGGAGCAGGAACAGAGCACACACGAUGGCAACACGGCCAUAAUCACCACUGUAUAC